GGUAGCUCCGGCUGAGUCAACUCUGACCCUACUGAGAUUUGUGUUUUUCGUCUUCGUUAUGUCUGGACGCGGGAAGCAGGGCGGCAAGGCGCGCGCCAAGGCCAAGACGCGCUCGUCGCGGGCGGGUCUGCAGUUCCCGGUGGGCCGCGUGCACCGCCUGCUCCGCAAGGGCAACUACUCGGAGCGGGUCGGGGCCGGCGCGCCCGUGUACCUGGCGGCCGUGCUCGAGUACCUGACGGCCGAGAUCCUGGAGCUGGCGGGCAACGCGGCGCGCGACAACAAGAAGACGCGCAUCAUCCCGCGCCACCUGCAGCUGGCCAUCCGCAACGACGAGGAGCUCAACAAGCUGCUGGGCCGCGUCACCAUCGCGCAGGGCGGCGUGCUGCCCAACAUCCAGGCCGUGCUGCUGCCCAAGAAGACUGAGAGCCACCAUAAGGCCAAGGGCAAGACCGACGACCCUGGGCACCAGAAAGCUGCAAUAAGAAAAAAUCCUGAAACAUUUUCUUGGGGACUCCGGGAUCUCUGGUCGUCAUCGAGGCGUCUAACCAGCCUGUCUAAGAGGGCGCACACGCAGUCGUCUUAGCCUCCCCAACGGCUGUCAAGGAACCCAAGGUCAAGGCCUGGAUCCACUAUUCUAGGGUCAAGCCCUGGUUUCCAGUGGAAGAAGAUACCACUGCGAGCAAGGAAGGGCUUAAACGCAUCUUUAAAAAACAGAAAAGCCAACGACACCAAGCUAAGUACUUCAACCCCCGAUCAAAGAUGCCCUUGAAUGCAUUUGUUCUCUUUCUCCUUCUUUCUCUUCCCAAACUUCUACAUUGCCACUCAUCUGCAGGGACCCAAGCAUGGGUUCAACCCAGUACCACGCCCUUCAAUUUGACUGAUUGUCCGGUAUGUGGGAAAGACUCAGUAGGGACCGCUGUGCCCGCCCCUAUUGAGGUCUGGCUGCGGGCUAAUUACUCUGUCACUCCUUUUGUCUCCUAUAUUAAUUCAUUCCCCAAUCAAAAUAUCGAGCAACUAUUUUUUAAAGCUUGGAAGAAGGACAUGGAAACCAAAGUAGCCAGUGUCCCCUGGUCUGACAACACCCCAGACCUUGCUUGGCUAGCUCGGCUCCGGAUCAGUACCUCAACAAUAUUCCCUAUUUGCUGCGAAAACACCUACACUCCGAACUCGGGGAUUUUUGUAGGAAACCUUUCCACGUCCCAGUGCAACUUCACCUUCCGGAUCCCUUCAAGCGUCGCAGAGGAGCCCUGGAAUAGCUCCCUUUUCAACUCGCUCAGCGCCUACAAAGACCCUGAUCAGCCGCACCUCUUUUUCCGGGCCCAGGAUCCCCUAAAGGAAAAGACAUCUUUUUGGACCCCCGCUAACAACUCCUGCUCAGCAGGGUGGUCCCCGGAGUCCUGCAAUUCCUCUACACUAGGGUUGGCCAGAGGUUUGCUCCUCUCGUCCCAAGAAUUCUUCCUGAAAAUCUAUCCUUCCAGCUCACUUGCCGUCACGGCGGGCGAGCGGCUCCGGUUCGAUGCUUCCCUGAUAUGGAGGAAGUUGUCAGGCGCGGCCUUGACCUCCCCGCCGAAGCUUCUCUUUAAGUAUGGGUUCCACCUAAGCCUCCGAGCAGAGGACGGUCUGUUCUUCUACUGUGGGAGAAGGGCGCGCGCGUUCUUACCUGCGCAGUGGACAGGGCGCUGUUCACUCGUCUACCUAGCUCCGCUUGGGCCCCAGGCCCCCGGGGCCGGCCACAUGCCGCAGGUCGGAAACCAGUCCGAGCCUUGGAUAUAGAGACCCGAGGACUCCCUCUGUUUGGAGGGUGUGGCCCUCCAGAAUCCCCGGGCCCUGGACCUUGGGACCUCCUGUCCUCCCAUGCUCCCAGGCAGGGGACACCUGCAGCCUCCUCCAGGAAGCCGCUUUUAUAUUAACAACAAGGUCAGGGGGUGCCUCGUUCAGAUUUGUCAGGUAGCCUGGUGGCCCAAAUAGAGGACCCCUCCUUCUGGUGGACCUCCCUUUGGGUCCAGCAGAGACACUGACUAUGGCCAUUAAUGACCCCAGAAUUCGUCCUCUUCCUCCUGCUUCCCUUCUGACCUUGCAUUCUAAAUGCCCUUGUCCAACUUGUUUCUUCUCCUUUAGAGUCCAUCAGGACAGCAUUGGUCCUGUCUAGGCAGCCACAGAUGGCGAUCCUGCCUACUGUAGGGGCCUCAGGACAGACCUCUGAACCCAUCGGCGCCCCUCCCCAGCAAGAAGUAGCCACAGAUCGGUCAUCGCCCCUGCUCCAGAUGGCAGUUUGGAGUUACCUGUUCGGGAGGGGCGGGGGGUGGGAAUAUGUCAGGGACGGAUCGGAGACAGAGAAGCAAAGAGCCAUACAGUAGGAUCAGAGGCUGCAGGGAUAGGAUCAGUUUUGCCCCUGGUCGGCGGGCCUCACGGGUAUUCUUGGACCUGAAGUCUCUGGGGACCCAGUCAGUCAUGAUGCUGUCCCCUUCCCUCCCUUCAUCAUACCCUUCUCAUCACCAAGUCACUAGCCAGAGAGGGUCUUCUGUUCCUCUCCACCCCUGUACAUAGCAGCCAAUGUUCACUUAUUACUCAUGGAUGUCUUAAUGAAAAUCAGCUUCUUUGGCAUUCCUAGUCUGCUGGAAUAAAUUUAUUUUCACAGCCUCUUGAAA